AUGGAGAAAGCUUCUUACCCCAAGGAAGGGGGGACCGUGGACCCCUCCAUCAACGAGGCUUCGGGCUACGGCGAGAGCGAGCCCGCCGGCAGCUUCUCCCGGCGAUUUAUCGACAGCUUCAAGAGAGACCCAAAUGCCCAUGUCACCAAGCGUGGCCAGGUCGGAGCUGAUGGAAAUGUCUUUGAUGCCGAGGCCGCCGCGCAGGCCACGGCCAACUCGCCCUUGCAGCGCCGCUUGAAGGGUCGUCAUCUGCAGAUGAUUGCUAUCGGUGGUUCAAUCGGAACCGGUCUAUUCGUUGCUUCUGGAGCUGUCCUGUCCACUGGAGGUCCCGCGUCUGUCGUUAUCGCCUAUAUUCUCAUUGGUAUGAUGUUGUACUGCACCGUCCAUGCCUUAGGAGAAAUGGCUGUCCUGUAUCCUGUCGCCGGUUCCUUCGCUGCUUAUUCGACCCGUUUCAUUGAUCCCGCCUGGGGGUUUGCCAUGGGAUGGAACUACGCUCUGCAAUGGCUUGUCGUGAUGCCCCUGGAAAUCGUCGCCGCCGCCAUGACAAUUGAUUAUUGGAAUCCCGGUGUUAGCCCUGCUGCUUGGGUUGCUAUUUUCUGGGUUUUAAUCGUCGUCAUCAACUUUUUCGGUGUGCGCGGAUACGGUGAAGCUGAAUUCGUGUUUGCUCUCAUCAAGGUCGUUGCCGUUGUCGGUUUCAUCAUCCUCGGCAUCAUUUUGAACUGUGGUGGUGGUCCAGAGGGUGGUUAUAUUGGCGGCAAAUAUUGGUAUCAUCCAGGUGCAUUCAACAAUGGGUUCAAGGGUCUUUGCAGCGUUUUCGUCAACGCUGCCUUCGCUUUUGCCGGCACUGAGUUGGUUGGUUUGGCCGCCGCCGAGACCGCCAACCCACGCAAGUCCCUCCCAGGUGCGAUCAAGCAGGUCUUUUGGCGAAUUGCCCUGUUCUACGUCGUCGCAUUGACCAUUGUCGGUCUGCUGGUCCCGUACACCGAAGAUCGUCUUAUAAACGGAUCGUCCUCGGCUGAUGCCCACGCCUCGCCUUUUGUUAUCGCCAUCGAAAACGCUGGCAUUAGCGGGCUACCUUCAGUGAUGAAUGUCGUUAUCAUGAUUGCUGUCUUGUCUGUCGGAAACUCUUCCGUCUACGGUUCUUCUCGUACCCUAGCCGCUCUAGCUGAGCAGGGCCAAGCACCCCACUUCUUGGCCUACAUUGACCGCCAAGGUCGACCUUUGUUUGCCAUCAUUCUUGCUAGUGUCCUCGGUCUCUUGGCUUUCCUUGCAGCAUCGAGCAAGGAAGACGAGGCUUUCACUUGGAUGCUUGCCAUCUCUGGCCUGUCCUCCGUCCUCACUUGGGGCUCGAUUUGCUUGGCCCACAUCCGUUUCCGCGCCGGUUGGAAAGCCCAGGGACACACCUUGGAUGAACUGCCUUUCCGAUCCCAAGUCGGUGUCAUUGGCUCGUGGGUUGGCUUUCUUUUCAACUGCCUGGUCCUCAUCGCCCAGUUCUGGGUUGCUUUUGCGCCUGUGGGCUAUGGCAGCAAGAGCCCAUCGGAGAUUGCCUACAACUUCUUCUCUCUCUACCUUGCCGCCCCCAUUAGCAUUGCGUGCUACAUUCCUUACAAGAUCUACUACCGCACGCCUUUCAUGGCUGCCUCCUCCAUGGACUUGGCUACUGGACGUCGCGAUAUCGAUGUCCAGCACCUUGUUGACGAGGAGCGUGCAGAACAGGCGCAAUGGCCCUGGUGGAAAAAGGCCUAUCACGUCUUUUGCUAG